AUGGGACAUAAAGUGGUCGUAUUCGACAUUUCCGUCGUCAGAGCCUUGUGGGAAACUCGUGUCAAGAAGCACAAAGCCUGGCAGAAGAAGGAGGCAGAAAGGCUUGAGAAAAGCGCUUUGGAAAAGAUAAAGGAGGAGUGGAACUUCGUGGCCGAGUGCCGGAGGAAAGGCAUUCCCCAGGCCGAGUACUGCAAGAACGGCUUCAUAGACACCAGCGUGAGGCUGCUGGAACGGAUCGAAAGGCGCUCUCUCGCUGCGCAGAGCGCGCUUUCCAAGGAGAGAGACAAACGGAGCAGUGAGUUUGUGUUUGAACUUUCCGGCGAUCACUGGAAGGAGUUCCCAGAUUCUUUGAAGGAGCAGACGCAUCUGAAAGAAUGGCACAUCAGCAAUACUCUGAUUCAAAUCAUUCCUAAGUAUAUAGAACUGUUUCAAGCCAUGAGGAUUCUGGAUCUGCCAAAAAACCAGAUCUCCCGUCUUCCAGCUGAAAUCGGUUGCUUGAAGAACCUCAAGGAACUCAACGUGAGUUUCAACCGUCUGAAGAGCAUUCCUCCAGAACUGGGAGACUGUGAAAAUCUAGAGAAACUGGAUUGUUCUGGAAAUCUAGAAUUAACCGAGCUCCCUUUUGAAUUAAGUAAUUUGAAGCAAGUUUCAUUCGUAGAUAUCUCAGCAAACAAGUUUGCCAGUGUCCCGAUCUGUGUCCUGCGGAUGUCUAAUUUGCAGUGGUUGGAUAUCAGCAACAAUAACUUGAAUGACCUGCCACAAGACAUAGACAGGCUAGAAGGACUGCAGACCUUUCUCCUAUACAAGAACAAGCUCACCUACCUUCCCUAUGCCUUGCUUAACCUAAAGAAGCUCACCUUGUUAGUCGUCAGCGGGGACCACUUGGUGGAGCUCCCAACAGCCCUCUGUGACUCCUCCACGCCUUUAAAAUUUGUAAGUCUUAAGGACAAUCCUCUUGAGAACACCCAGUGUCAAGAUGGUGAUGAAAUGAUGGAGAGUGAACGAGAUCGCCAACAUUUUGAUAAAGAAUUUAUGAAAGCCUACAUUGAAGAUCUUAAAGAAAGAGAUUCUGUUCCCAGCUAUACCACUAAAGUAUCUUUCAGCCUUCAGCUUUGA